AUGACAACAAUGGGGAGGCGACGUUGGAGACUAGUUACGAUCACGGCGUUCUUGCUGUUCGUCACAAAAGACACCACGUGUCAAGAUGAAAACCAUUAUUUCUUUUCACCGGUAGAAAAAAGUUUUGCUCAAGUUCAACCGCCUUUAUUUCCAAAUGCUCGCCCAUCAUCAGCAUUCUUCGAUCAUGGGGACAACUACAGGGUUGCGCCGACCGUGCAGCAGCCACUCUACAACGAGGGCCAGUCAAGAUUCCCCAGCCCUAACUACAACCAAAACCCGUCACCUUUUCAAUUACCGACGGGCAGGAGUCAAUCCGGAACCCAGUAUUAUGUAAACCAACCCGAAUUUACUGCACAACGACAAAGGUUCAGGCCAGCUUUACCAUACAACUUCCAAAUGGUUACGCAACACCCAGCUUCUACCAAUAGGCCCGAUGUGUCACAAAUACACUCCGUAGCGUAUCAAAAUGACCCGUCUAAACCAGAAACCUUUUUGGGCCAAAUCACUUUAAAUAAUCCUGAUAUUGACUACUUACAAAAUAAUAGAUUUAAGACACUGCCAUUUGACGGUAACAGCUUGAAAAGUAACGGACAAAGCGGUCACAUUGCACACGAUGAAGAUAUUGAAAAUGAUAAUCAAGACUUAUUUGAACAUCACAGGGUGACCACUUAUAAUCCUCAUAAACUCGCAAUGAAACAAAGACUGAAUAAUAAGCCUAACACUCCACGGUUCACUCAAUUAGAUUCACCAUCUAUCAAUGGCAAUACAAAAGUUCAAAAUACCCCAAGCAAUACUUUUAAUAAGAAAAAUCAAUUAAAUGUGCCAAAAUCAAAUGCCAACAUAUAUCAUAGUUCUUCCACUGAAUACAAGGGACUCCUAGACAUAGAACCUUUACUCGAAGAUGAUAUAAGCGAUUUAAGUUCGUUUAGAGAGCUCAUGAAGAAUACUCAAGGUUCUUUUGAUGUAGAAGUCAUUAAAUCCAAUCAAACUGGAUCUGAAUCAACAGACGAUAGCAAACCUGACGCUAGCUCUAUGAAUGCUGAUAACUAUCCAAAGCAAGAACCAGUUAAACCAACCACUACUACCACUUCCACUACUACGUCUACGACAACAACCACGAGCAGUGAACAUUCAGAUGAAGAUCAUGAUAGUGUCGAUGGAGAAGAUGAGGGAGAGUACGUGGAGUAUUAUGAUGACGAUGAAAGUUCUGAGGUGAAACAUACUACACAAGAACCACACCGAUCCUCAUCAACAGAACAGGCUACAGAUAAUUAUGACGACGAAUACGAUACGACUGAAGAACCCGAAAAGUCUACAGAGGUUGCAAAACAAAAUUCAACGGAAUCGUUUGAUGUUUUGGUAAUGAAACCUGAAAAAACUAUGGUUAAGGAUGACAAUUUCAAACAUUUUGUGGACACACCAGUAAUUGAUCAAACAGAACACAAACAUUCUGAAGAAAAGGGAACUCUUAUUAGUUCUGCACCAACCGCCGAAGAAGAUGUAACAUCUAUUGAAACACCAUCGAUAUUGGGACAGGAAGUUGUGUCAGUCGUAACUACCAAGAGUGUAGUAAAUGGUACAAUAUCAAUUCCAGACGUCACAUAUCCUCCAAGUACCACUAAACUUAGUUCAUCUUCGGAAGGCACUUCACCAACUAGUAACCAAAUGAAUGAUGCAUCUGUGCCAGUGACCACUGAGAAUUGGAUUGUAGUCGCUUCAGUUCAAACAAGUAGAAGUGUCUCAGGCGCUCGAUUCUUACCAUUCCCUACUGUAGAACAGGAAGAGAAGAAGCAAGUUUUAGCUGAUGACAAUGAAGAAGAAGAAGAUGAUGAAGAAUCCGUGACCAAAGAUCCAAGAGAAGAAACCAGUGGACUUAUAAAUCAUUCGUCGUCAACAGAAAAUAUUAACGACAAGUUAGAUAGUAUUCAGUCUGAACUAUCAAGUGCAGUUUUAUCGGGUUCUUUAAAUAACGAAAAUAAAAAUAUUGAAUUGAUAACUGAAUCAACUACUGAAAGUACGACCACUACAACAACAACGACCACAACGACGACAACAAUUCCACCACCAAUAAAAGUAUUUACAUUGAAGAGUACUACAGUUGCUUCUGUGACAGAAAGAUCGUCUCCAGAGCCAUUACCUGUACAAAUUAAGAAAUUCGCUCAUCGUGUAACGACAUCUACAACACCUAAGCCUAAGAAAAAGCCUUCGUUAGUAACUGUAAUGGAUGACAUUGCUGGACUUUUACCAGCUGGUUACAAAUCUAGGUUAUCAUAUAAAGAUAAACGAACCAGUACGACCACGACAACAACCACUACUACAACUACUAGUGCACCAGAAGUAUCUAGUGAGAUCCCUAUAAUUAAUGGCACACAGGGUCGAUCAUCUGGUAUAAGUUCAAAGAACAAGGUUAUUGUAUUAGAUUAUAAAUCUUUACUUCCUAAAGAAUAUAAGCCUAAAGAAAACAAACCCCAAGAAGAUCUUGUUAAAAAACUACAGAAAGAUGACCUAAGUAAAUUAUUACCAGCUAACUAUAAGCCGUCAAGUACAGAAACGCCUGAUAUUAAAUCAAUUACUAAAUCUAUCUUUGAUAAAGUUGAAGAAGUUGAUAUUUCAGCGUUCUUACCUAAAGGUUUCAAACCAAAUGCUACAACUACUGAAAAGCCCAAACUACCAAUCAAUGCUAUUCCAGUAGACGUUUCAGCUUUACUGCCACCUGGUUUCAAACUGAACGACACUGACAAAGAAAAUGGAGGAAGUUCUCUGGUCAAUAUCAAAGUUGCAGAUAUUUCCAACUUAUUACCACCUGGAUUUAAAUUGAAUGAAACCGAAGAGGAAGCGUCUCCACCCAGUAGUACAACUAAAGCACCUGGAGGUAUAAAACUUGUAUUCCCCUCCAGACCAGGUGGUAAAGUAAACAGGAAAACAACUACUCCUAAACCACUGGGCCCUGUUCCAGUCACACCUAAAAUACAAAAGGGUUGGCCCACAAGAGCUUCAACUGAAUUUACUGGUUGGCCAUCACCGUCUACUACGCCAUUUUCUAUUGAGAAGCUUCUAGAAGCUCAAAGGAAUGCUACUGCUACUAGUCCUCUGCCUGAAUUUAGUACCGAAGCAACGACUCGACGCACGACGACUACGACUACAACGACGCCUGUACCUCCUCCUCCGACCACUCCCGGAUUGUGCAAGAGAGAGUGUGACAUUGCUGCUACCAUAAAAAUAGUAUCAGGAGUAAAAUGGAUACCUGAAUUAUUAGAUCACAAUACAGAAGAAUGGCAACGGCUUGCAAAGGAUGUCAAGGAAGAGUUGAACUCUGUCUAUUCAAAAUCGGACUAUCUGCGCAAAUGGUACAAGGAUAUAAGAAUCGAUGGGUUCAGUGAAGGCUCUGUUCUUGUUGACUACUUUAUUGAACUCAAAGAAGUAGAAGAAAGAGUGGACACGUUAGAUCUGAAGAAAAUGUUCCACAAAUCUCUACAUGAAGCGAAGCCCGGUUCCGUAGUCGAAACUAUUACAGAAGAACCGAAAGAUGAGUUUGAUCCUGAUGUUAUGUUAGGAGACCAACCUGAUGAAGAAAGAAUGAAGAAAAGCAAUGAGAAAAUGACCAAAACAAUUGACAAAUCUGCUGGAAAGUUAGAAAUUGGAAAGUUUGUAAUGGACCCUGCAUACACUGAGUUCAUAGUGUUGCCUAAACGUGAAGAGCCAACAGCUAUUGCUCCCGAAGAAGAAUCAUUCUUGCCUCAGUGGGGUAUCGCUGUGAUUGUCAUUGCGCUAGCAUCUCUCCUGUUCGUCGUAAUAUUUGGAGUUACAGUAUUGGUUAACCGACAAAAGAGUGCCAAGGCCAAACAGCCAAUACCACUUAGCGAAGAAAUGCUUCGGGAUUUGGAUAAGAGUCACAUGGGAGGUUUUGAUGACGUGCAUCAACUCAAAGAACGUGAACUGCCGUAUCUUCCUUCGGGCAAGCGUAUGUCAACUGCCUUCAUCGAGCAGCUGGCUUACCCUAACCCGGGUGACUCGUGGCGGUCAGAGUGGACGCCGCAGCUCCAGAAGUACAUGCAGCAUUACACACCGGACUCCGGGCGAGGAUCGCAGAUCUAUGGCCCUGCCGGAAAUAAUUAUGGAUACGGCGGUGGUUCGCAGCUGUACGGGCAAACAGGCGGCGGGUCCCAAGUGUACGGUUACACGGGCGAGUACCCGCGCUCGCACUACUCGCGGCGCCGCUCUGACUACGACAGCAACUUCUAG